AUGCGUUCUGCUGUCAUCCUUGCCGCCUUGGCGGUCGGCACCUGUGCCAGGGUUAUUGAGAAGGAAGUUUAUGUGACCGAGUGGACUACCACCACCGUCACCGAGACUGUCACCCAGUGGCCCACCAACGCCCCUAGCACUGCUGUUUUGGUCAAGCAGGACCCCACCAAGCCCGCCAACGCUGCCAUUCACACUGCCGACAUUUCCAAGAAGACCACCGUCGAGUCCGUCCCUCCUGCGGCACCUACUCCUGCUCCAGAGGUUGAGCCUGCUGAACCCAGCAGCGCGACCACCUGGUCUUCCACCUGGUCCUCGGCCACCGAAGCUGAAAUCCAGCCUGUGACCUCCUCUGCUACCUCCUCGGCUGCCCCCGUCGCGACCUCUUCGGCAACCUCGACCACCGCCGCUGCCACUGCCGCUCCCAGUGCUGCCAACUCCUACCAGGAGUCCGUCCUGCACUACCACAACAUUCACCGCAGCGACCACUCUGCCAGCGCUUUGACCUGGUCCGAUGACCUUGCGCAAGCUGCCCACACACUCGCCUCGCGUUGCGUGUACGGACAUGACACUUCCAUUCCUGCCGCCAGCGGAUCCUACGGUCAGAACAUCGCAUACGGCUACGAUGAGGCGCAGGUUGGCGAGAAGAUCAUCAGCCAGAUGAUGUACACCGAUGAGGAGCCAUACUUCGCCAGCCUCUAUGGUCAGGCCAGUCCUGAUAUGUCCAACUUCUCUAAGUGGGGCCACUUCACUCAGAUCGUCUGGAAGGGCACCUCGCACGUUGGUUGCGCUACCGUUAGCUGCUCUGACUUGAAGAAUGCUGGUGGCGCCGCCCCCUUCACUGUCUGCAACUAUGGCACCCCCGGUAACUAUGCCGGCGAGUAUGCCGACAACGUCUUGAAGCCCAACAGCGCAUAA